CAUGUUACAUGCACAAAAAAGAUACAUAACUCAAUAAAGGAGAGGGAAAAGGCCAGAAAGCAUAAUACUACCUCUUUAACUGAAAACGCACUACUGUGCAAUGUCAGUGAUGAGAUGACUUCCCUCACCAACUUGCUUACAAAGAUUUUGCCUGCGCUGUCCGACCCCGUCUUAUGAACUGCGCGUUGUCAGAAUUCUUCCUCUCCUCUCCGCAUGUCUCCACAGUGCCAUCACAAGCCCUGGCAACUCCUAACCACUCGAGAGACGUCUGGAGCUCUCUUAAAUAACUAGGAGAGUAAGAGGGAUUCUAUAGCUUUAAGAAAUUUGAUAACUUGCUGUUCUUAAAUUUAAAAGUAGGAGUAAAUUUCAUAAAUUCUCAGCACUUAAGACUAAAAUGGCACUUUGAUAAGCUUGAUAAAUACCGGCCCUGAAUCCUCCACCUCUGCCUUUAGUUAAACGUGUAGUGUUGUUUCACGUUUAAAUUGCGACACCAUGUGAGAUAAAGGAAAUUUAGUAAAUGUCACAAAAGGCUUAUGAAUCGGAAUCAAAUAACCUUUCUUGUACGUUUGAUUUGUGUGAAUAUUAUGGGUUAGUUCGUCCAUAAUUUAUUGUCCACGCAUGCAAACUUUUAAGUUUCGAUUCCAGCAAAGCGACGCCAGGCGGCGAACCGAAACCUGUGAAACGGAAGUGAACCUACAGCUGACGCUCUGACGGUGAUGUUUACUGUGAGAAGAGACUUAAUUCUGUAAAAUACACGAAAUUUAUGUGUUUCUUUAGUGAAGUCUGUAGGCUACUGAUGUUCUUCAGCGGGCGUUUCUCGUUAGUGACGGAUCUCCGCUUCGGAAUGAGAGGCCUCACCAACUACUGUCUGUCCUGCUGUGUGAACACUUUACUGCAGACCUUCUCUGCUACCUGGGAGCUAGCAGACCUCCUGGACAAGUGGGAAGCAGCUGGUGUGAGAGCGGCCAGUAGUAACGUCCCCCUGCAGCUAAAGAAGGUUCUCGCAGACAUGAAGAGCGACCUCCCUCAGCCUGCUCCCCAUCAUGACUUCCUCCACUGUCUGGACAGAAACUGCCUUCGACUUUAUGUGCAGCAUGAUGCUGAUGAGGUUUUCCUCUCCAUCCUGAACUUGAUCCAACAACAGAUGGAUGACAAAAAUCUGGCUCUUGAAAUCCAUAAUCUGUACAAGAUUUGUGUGGAGACGUACCUGCAGUGUUUAGAGUGUUCCUCUGUCCAGACUCAUACCAGCUACCUGCUCAGCCUGCCUCUGCAUAUAAAGGAAGAUCGCAAUUCUCUGGAAGGCUGCAUGGCCUCCUUCUUUGAGCAUCAAGAGCUACGGGGCAUAGAUUGCUGCUUUUGUGAACAAUGUGGAACAAAGACUCCAUCGAAACAGGGUGUCAAAUUGCUCUCCCUGCCUCGUAUCUUGUGCGUGCACCUGAAAAGGUUUAGGAAUAGCCAUGGUUACACUCGAAAACUUGAUUGCAGGGUUACCUUUCCAGAAACCUUUGACAUCUUUGAGAUUCUUAAAGGAGCAUUCUCCCCAGACUUUGUCCAGAAUGACUGCAAAUACACUUUGCAUGCAGUGGUAGUACAUUCUGGUACUGCGAUGUUCGGACACUAUACUGCCUAUGUUCGUCGCUGGGUGAACAAACGCUGGUACUAUGCAAAUGACAGCUCUGUAAAACAGGUCUCCUGGGAAGAAGUAAAGACAUCGUAUGGAGGACAUUACAGACCCACAGCGUACAUGUUAAUGUACAGAAGAGAUUCAAGGGAGCAGGAACAACAACCUGAAUUCUCCAGCUGAGUGGAUGGAUGCAGAUGAAUUAACUUGGGGUCACAAGUGCAAUAUUGGAAUAUAACCAUAGGAAUAUAAACACUCAUUUGCUUGAAAUAAUUCAUUGGUAAAGGGUUUUCUAUUUAAUGAUUUCCUCAUUUCUGCCAAACACCAGUAGGUGGUGUUGAAGACUCAACACAGCAAAGGGUUUUCCACUUUCAGACCACACACACUGUGAACACACUUCAAUGAUAAUGGGGGGUUGGUUUGAAGAGAAUGCUUAGCUUAGAUAGUCACUGUUUGGGGGGAAAUACCUGCUAUAGGACUCAGUGUUGAUUUUCCUGACACUGCUGUAUAAUAUAUGAGUCACCCAUGGAGAACAAUGAAUUCAUUUUUUCUCACCUGGGCUGCCAAAAACAACAACAACAAAAAAUCUCCUUUAGCAUCUCACUCCGAGUUUAUGUAUCGCAUUUUCUCACUACCUGCAGGCCUUUUACAUGAUAUUACAAAACUGUUUUGGAAUGACACCUUGAUGUUUUUUCCGCUCUUGUUUGUACAUCAACACCAGCACAUCUCCCACCACCUUAGCUCAAAAUGUACAUGUAUGCACUUAAGGUACUGAAAAGUGCCUGUUCUUUAUAUAUUUGUUUUUCAAAAAGUAUUGGGGAAACAACAAAAAUAGGUUAGACGUUGCAGACACAGCCACAGUGCUUAAAUGCUCGGUAUAGCCUGUCAGCAGAGCCUCUUAAGUUCCCUCUCGCUUCGCCAAGAGUCGGGGGACCGUGUGAAAUGGUGCUUAUGUGCUGCAGAGCUCUGACAGAAUGGAACAUGUCUGCACAGUGCCACAGGCAGCAGGCCUUAUGCUUAGUCAUCUCACUGCCAUGUAGCUCAGGCGCAGCUUUCUGUUUAGGGGGUAUCUUCCUCCCACAUUCAGACCGAAGACCAGGGCUUGAUGUGGAUAUUAUGCUUCUAGAUUUGAGUCACAGGUAUUGUUCGAUGUUUCACACUGAAUUUGUGACUUUCCUCUGACUUGUACAAGUAUGAAGCUGACAUUGAAAACAUUCAUAAUAAUAAAGACUAUUGACACAUA